CUGCCGGAAUCCCCUUUCAGGACAUGUACAGACGCGCACGGGACUCCUCGCUCACCCGUAUCCGCAGUUCAGAAGUAAUUCAGUUUAAUUCUUUAGGCAAUAAUAACAACUCCGAGGAGUCAAAAUGAAAAUCUCCAGCAUAGACUGCCGACGUCUGAGGAAAAUCAUCAGGAAGGAGUGCGGGAGCUGCCUUAUUGUGGAUUGCAGACCUUAUCUUUCAUUCACGAACUCCAAUAUCAAAGGCUCUGUCAAUGUAAAUCUCAACUCAGUGGUGGUCCGGAGGUCUCGAGGAGGGCUGGUUCCUCUGCAGUUUGUCAUCCCGGAUGAGAGAUCCCUGCUUCGGCUUCGGGAGGGGAGCAUAUCGACAAUCAUAGCUCUGGAUGACCGGACGUCCCACUGGCAAAAACUGAAGAAGGACAGUGUAGCACAAAUAGUAAUAAAUACUCUUUCUCAUCUAGCGAGUGGGGCAAACGUCUGUUUCCUGAAAGGCGGAUACGAGAACUUCCACUCUCAAUACCCUGAACUUUGCACUGAGGUGAAAACCAUUGACCAGGGCGAAACUGAAACCGAGAAACGAGUCAACAGCCUCAGCGAGAAGCUUUCUCACCGCAAACCAGAUUACGAUCAGGGUAAACCUGUAGAGAUCCUGCCUUUCCUCUACCUCGGUAGUGCCUACCAUGCCUCCAGACAGGACUAUCUCAGCGACCUUCACAUCACAGCCUUGCUCAAUGUGUCGCGCAGGGACCUGCAGCCGGCCAAGGGUCACUAUGACUACAAGUGGAUCCCAGUGGAGGACAACAACAUGGCCGACAUCAGCUCCCACUUCCAGGAGGCCAUCGAUUUUAUUGAUCACGUGAAGCAAUCAGGGGGAAAGGUUCUGGUCCACUGCGAAGCAGGCAUCUCCCGCUCACCAACCAUCUGCUUGGCCUACAUCAUGAGGACGCAGCAGCUGCGGCUGGAUGCAGCCUUUGACAUCAUCAAGCAGCGCCGGGCAGUCAUCUCACCCAACUUCAGUUUCAUGGGUCAGCUGCUGCAGUUUGAGUCAGAGGUCCUCUCCAUGGCCCCAGCUCAUGCCGCCACACCUGAACCUGCCACACCCUGCAUCCCGGAGUCCGCCUCCUUUUUUGCCAACGACUUCAACACCACCUUCAACACCAAAAACUUUGAGCCAUCUGUGUUCACCCUCCCUACCUCUUGCCUGCAGUCCCCGGUCCACCACCAGUUCAAACUGAGCCCAAUAACGGCACUGCCUUAAAAUGAACUGUGACUGCUUGUAGUCUUACUUGAAAAAAUAAAGAUUAAUGCUCUCUGUGUGCCUGGUGUCGAAACCGGCAGUUAGACAGAAACAGUCAAGAUCAUAGUAUUCAGUCCAUGGGACUCGAGGCCUAUGAAAACUAUAGGCUACCAACACUCGCUGUGCUGUUUUCCUGUCUUCAGAACUGCUAUGAUGAAAAAACACAGCACAGUGAUAAACUGCAAUAUACAUGCCUUAGGUUGUUAUUGUGAUGUAUGCCUAUUCACAAAUACAGUCAGGCAUUUAAACCUAAUUUAUUUGAAAAUUACAGUUUUUUUUCAAUAAUGUGGAUGUUAAUAUGUGUUUAAUAAAUG